AUGUCCGCCGCAACGCACCUUCUGCUGCGGAGGUCAGCAUCGGCACCCCGCAUCUCAACACGCCUCAAAGCCCCCCCUCCUCUGGCCACCCGCAGAUCCUAUGCCCAGCCCGCAAGCGCACCACCACCCGGCACCCCUCCCCCCGGCUCACCACCCUCGCAACAGCAACAACCGCAAUGGAAGCCAAAACCCGUCCUCGCAACCGCACAGACACUCACCCUAUUCUCUCCCUCGCCGCGCGGCCUCCUCAUCGCCCUCCGAUCCACCCUGCAGGGCAUGACCAACCUCGCCGCACGCCUCGGCCCACUCGCUUCCAACUCGGCAUCCGCCGCCGCCCCGCCCGACCACGACCACGUCCUCCUCUACUCUCUCAGCAAGGACCUCCCGCAGCAGUAUCUCUCCGAGGCAGUCUCCCUCCUCCGCGGCGUUGACCCAUCCAACACCGAGCAGCAGCAGCAGCAGCAGCAGGGACAGCAAGGGCUGCAGCAGCAGGGGCAGCAAGGGCAGCCCCAGCAGCAACCGUCCCCCCGCAUCGCACGCAUCGGCCUCCUCUCGGCUCCCCUCCCCAGCUCCCUCAUCCCAUCCAACGCCCUGGAACCAGGAGCAGCUCCCAUCUCGUCCCCCACCCUCCACUCGGUAUCUCUCAGCCUCUUGCCCGGCGUCAACGCCGUCCCCUUUCGCAGCCAGAUCCCCGGCCGCGCCGAGAUUGCCGUCGGGCGAUGGCCGGACCGCAAGCCGGCGUGGCAGCAGGGCACAGAGAGGCGCGCAGACCUCCUCGACCGCGCACAUCGCUCUACAGACACAAGCGCCGCCGAUGAACCCGCCCAGCACACAGACUGGCGCGACAUCUGGGGGCGCGAAAACGUCGAUGGCGCGGUCCCGCCCGAGCUCGACGCACUCGACCCAAACUCGGUCCUCUCGCUCCUCUUCUUCACCGACCCUUCGCCCCAGGGCCUCAUCGAGGGCUUCACUUCGCGCUUCCCGCGCUCCAGCGUCCUCGGCCUCCACGCGCCGCCCACCCCCUUUGAGACGGGCAGGGACCACACCCUCCUCAUGACGCUGCCCGAGACCUCUGCCGGCGGCCGCGGCGGCACGGAUGCGCAGCGGGGCGACAAGAUCCACAAGGACGGCGCCGUCGGCGUCGCCCUCGUCGCCAAUGUCGAUGCACAGGGCCAAAAGGCCAGCAAGGAAAUCGCCAGGCCCAGCGUCGAGGUGCGCUACGAGGGGCUCGAGCCCUUUGGUCCGAGGCGCGAGGUGACCUCUGCAUCCGGCAACAUCAUCACCGAGCUCUCUUCGCAGAACGCCGCCCAGCAGUUUCUGCGCGACAUUCAGGCCCGCUCCGCCCCCUCUGCCGGCUCGUCGGCAUCGUCGACAUCGACGCCGCUGAGCGCAAACGAGACGCGCGACAUCGCCUCGACGGUGAAAAAGGAAGAGGCCUUCUACAUCGGCUUCUUCGCCACCGAGACGGCGUCGACGCCGCUCAUGGUCUCGCCCAUCCUGUCGGGCCACCCGUCGAGGGGCACCCUGUCGGUCGAGACUGAAGUCGACCUCGGGCCCGGCCCGCGCGGCGAGCAGGGGAGCAUGAAGAUCUUUGCCCAGUUCUUCCACCACCCGCCGGCGCCCGUCGGGGCAUCGAACAGCGGCGACGAGGGCAAGGUCGAGGCCAUCGAGAUCCCAGGCCCGGACGCGAGCGUGUGGACCAGCCCUCGCUACCUCUUCCUCACCUCGCCCCCGUACGGCGACAGCGCCAAUGCCGCCACCGCUGCCGCUCCUGCCGCCAAGGCUGCCGGCGACGAGGCCAAAAAGGGCAACCACCAAGUCUUUGCGCUGCCCAACCUCUUUAUCGCCGCCAGCGAAAAGGGCUGGAUUGCCGGACGGGGUGCCGCGGGGCCCUCGGCGGAUCAGGAUGCCGCGCUGCAGGGCGGCAGCAUCAACUUGCGACGCGACGGCAGCUCGAUUGUCGAGUGUCGCAUCCCAAAGGCCCGCGUCGUCCUCAGCCUGCGUGGCGAGUAG